UGCGCGCGCGUCGGUUCUGUUUCCUUGGCAACCGAGAAGCAGAAGUGCUGAGAAAGGCGGGGAAAUUCCCCGCCUCCCCGCAGAGGAAAAUGAGCUUCGCUCUUAAUGAGGUUGUCUAUUCAAACUGACAUAGGUUUUGCUCAGAAGUCAGCCUCACUCGAUAACUGGGGCUUGCUCCUGAGUAAAGUGUGUGGAAAGUUGUGGAGCCUGCAUCAAUUUUUAAGGCGCUUCAGAGUAAGAGAAUUGCUUAGUAUUUAUCAGUUUGCUAGAACUGCCACUCAUCUCGAAUUCAUAUCUGCAGUUCUGCAUGAAUGGGCGGAUUGGAUCCUCACUUCGAGGGAAAAUAGAUCCUCACUUCGAGGGAAAAUAGAUCCACUUUCUAGAGAUAUUCUGAGUCUGCUUGGGAAGGAAUCAGGAACAAUUUAAAUAACCAGUCAAAGGUCUUGUUAUGAUCUGUUAUACAAUAUGUUUGCCACCUGUAGCUUUUCUUCUGUCAUGGGACUUGCGUGCAGAUCCUAAACUGUCUUCCAUUUGGAUCCAGCCACUAACCAGGGAUCUGUUAAGUAGGCCAGAUAGCUGCCUUUUCUAAUCUGGUGCUGUCAGAUUAAUUAGAAUGUAGUUUCCAUUUCCCCAGAAGAGAAGAUGAUGUAAGAACAUCUCUAGGAUACAAGAUUGGGAAAGCUGACUUAGAAUAAAGCCAUAGGCUACAAACAGGAUGAUUUUCACGUAUAACACACUUUCAUCCUCUUAAGUCCAAGAAUUCUGUUAUUUCAUGCAUGCACAUUUCAUAAUCAUUCAUCUGAAAUGAUUAUAAUUGCCCUUGUUUUGAGACUGCUUCACUUAAAAGGAUAGGGAUACUGCUCUUUCAGUUGUGAGUAUCUGACCAAGAAAAAUUAAAAUUAAAAUUUUUUAAAGAAAAAAUCUACAAUCGAAAAUUAAAGGUUACAAUUUGAAGUAAAGUUUGGUGUUUAAAUAUUAAGUUCUAUAUUCUUUUUAUUUUUGAUGUUUCUCGAAAACUCAGAAUCAUGGAUAAUUAUGUAAUAAUUAAAAUGAUUGGAGAAGGAGCAUUUGGCAAAAUAUUCUUAGCCAGAAAAAAAGAGGAUAAUCAACAAUGUGUUAUCAAGGAGAUCAAUUUAACUAAGAUGCCAAGGAAGGAAAAAGAAUCAUCUCAAAAAGAAGCAACUCUUCUAGCCAAGAUGAAGCAUCCCAAUAUUGUAGCUUUCUAUGCUUCCCUUCAAGAGAAAAAUAACUUGUAUAUUAUGAUGGAAUAUUGCGAUGGAGGGGACCUGAUGAAGAGAAUAAAUAUGCAAUAUGGAGUGCUGUUUGAUGAGGAUAAGAUCUUGGGUUGGUUCGUGCAAAUUGCCUUAGGCCUGAAGCAUAUCCAUGACAGAAAGAUUCUGCACAGAGACAUAAAAACACAGAACAUUUUUCUUAGCAGUAAUGGAAUAACAGCAAAACUGGGAGAUUUUGGAAUUGCAAGGGUGUUGAACAACACGAUGGAAUUUGCUAAUACCUAUGUAGGAACACCAUAUUACCUAUCACCUGAAAUCUGUGAAAAUAAACCAUAUAACAAUAAAACAGAUAUAUGGUCUCUUGGCUGUGUGUUAUAUGAGUUGUGUACUUUAAAGCAUCCUUUUGAAGGCAACAAUUUGCCCCAACUUAUAUUGAAGAUCUGCAGAGGCCAUUUCAUUCCUGUGUCUGUGAAGUAUUCUUCUGAUCUGAGAUUGUUACUAUCCCAGUUGCUUAGAACAUCUCCAAGAGAUCGCCCUUCUAUUAACUCUAUUUUAAAAAAAGCCUUUUUGGAGAAGCAGAUAAAGAAUUAUUUGCCACCUGAGAUCAUUGAGGCAGAAUUUAGUCAUACUGUUAUUCACAGGAAAAAAUCAUCACCUUCAUCAUCAGGUCACAAACGAAGACUCCAUGAUUAUCGCUCUCCAAAAAUCAAGAUGGAAAUGCUCCCUAGAAAAUUAUUGCAUAAAAAUGAAUGCUAUUCUCCUUCAAGGAUUCAGGAUCCAAUUAUUAAGCCCUUGGGUCCUGCGUUUAAAAUAUGUGAGAAGCCAGACGUCAUUAGAAUGUGUGGACAUUAUGACCAUUAUUACGUAAAACUGGCAAACUUGCAGAAGAGAGCUUUGGUCCAAGAUGAUGAUCCCUGUAUUGGCCAGAGAAUGGAACAAUAUUAUAAGCAGAAAGGACAAGAACCACCUCUUCCUCCACCUCAUGGACCUUCCGAGUAUCUUCAGAGACGAUUUAAUGCUCGGCAAAACAAGUUAAAAGUAGAGAAGCAACUGGGGCUACGGCCAUCAUCUGCUGAGUUUUGUCAGCCGCAGAAUCAAGAAAUGAAGGAAGAACAGCUCAAAGUCUGUAAUAAUGCUCUUCCUCAAAACAAUGAAAUGAAAGAACAGGAGUAUCUGAAGCAGCUGCAUGAAAUUCGCCAACAGUACCGGAGUGAAGUAAAUGAAAUUCGUGUUAAAGCAGUUAAGGAAAAUAAAAACCUAAGGGAAAAAACCUAUAUUGUGAAACAGGGAAAGAGUGAGGACCAGUCUGUUCCUAAUACUAAUUAUGAAGAAAGAAAUGAACCAGGCCAGGACAUGGAACAAAACUUGAAACAAAUUGGAUUGCAGAGAUGGCAGGUGAAGAACAACCCAGAAGUACAACAGAAAGCAAAGGGAGGUGUAAAGUUUCAGGUUAAUUUAACAGAUGAUGCAGCAGAUGAGAAAAACAUCCAGGAAGAAAAUGAGCAGCAUGAUGAACUUAAUGAAACACUGACUUUUGAACAUGGGGAAAACCUUAAGAAAAAACUGGAGGAGGAAUUAUGGCAUUGGAGGAUGGAAGUUGACAAUGAAGAUGUGACAAACGAAAGAAAACAUUGGCAAAUCUCAACUCCACAGACACUACUGAAUCUCUUAGAAAAUGCAGAUAUCACAUCUGUAUGGAAUACUAUGGAUGAAGCUGGCCAGAUAAAUGAAAUACAUUCCGAGUUACCUGAUGCCAGGAAAAAAUGGAGCCCCAAAUUACCAAGUACUCUAAUGAAUAUGUUAGCAGAAGCAGAAUGCACCAGUGACACAUUAUGCCAAACUGAAGAACCUAAAGAAACAAUAAAUCACCAGAUUCCAGAAUCUAUUAAAGAUGCUCCAGAAAUUAAUUUAGCUGCUAACCCAGAUGAAAGUAAACUUGAUCCAAGAUCUGAUGAUGAUGAUACAAACUUUGAAGAAUCUGAAGAUGAACUAAGAGAUGAGCUAGUGGAAUCUUUGAAAAAUGUGGUAACAUCUCUAGAGGAGGAGAUUUCAAAAAAUCCAGUUGAAUCAGCAAACACAGAACAACAAAAACAAUCUAUAGCCAAUAGCAAACUUAGCAAAUCUAAUGACAGCUUGGAAGAUAAUAAUUACUUGACUGGAGAAAAACAAAGUGCAAUCAGUUAACACAUUCUUCGGUAAUAAAUACUUAAGAAUUAAUAAUAAAUUGUAUGAAUGUUAAGACCUGAGUUUGGAAAGUGGGUGCUUCAUCUUUUCGUUGUAAAUUUUACAGUUGUCUAGUAUAGCAAAGUAAAAAUCUGCUGGAAUUCUUCUCUCCCUUGGAUUUCAUAUACCUUUGCCAUUAAAAACAGUUAAUGUAGUGAUACUUUCACAGAUGCACUUCAAAUCAAAUUUAUAACCACAAUAAAUAUAGAGCUUCACUACUCAUCACGUUUCAGUUUUUGGAUGAAAACAGAUGAUAGACAUUUUUCAGUAAACAUUUUGACUAUUGGUCUGUAAU